AUGCGCGUAUUGGUGUUUUUACUGAUGGUGGCGGCCGCUGUCGCGGUAUCCCGGUCCUCAAACCGAAUUGUCGGUGGUAACAUUACCACCAUUGAAUCAUACCCAUUCAUGAGUAACAUGCAAACAUUGAGUUGGGGCGGUUGGUGGUAUCAGGCGUGUGGAGGGUCACUUAUUACACCCAAAGUUGUGUUAUCGGCUGCGCAUUGCUAUUACGGUGCCUUGCCAUCGGCUUGGAGAGUCGUUCUUGGUUCAACAUUGUCUUCAAGCGGUGGAUACACAUUCAAAGUGUCUGAGUUAAAAUUGCAUGAAAAUUAUAUUGAGGCAUUACAACUCAAUGACAUAGCUAUUGUGAAACUACAAGUCGGCGCUAUAAUGUCUAGUCGAGUAGGCCGAGCACGUAUUGCAGGUCCCAGUUAUAAUCUUCCCGCUGGAACAACGGUCAAUGCGGUUGGUUGGGGUACAACGUCGUCUGGAGGUAGACCAUCGGAGCAGCUGCGGGAUGUUGAUCUAAAAGUUAUCAAUCAAAAUAUUUGCGCUGAAAGGUAUGCCGCUCUCAAGAAACAGCCUGGUUUCGAAGACUGGCCUGAUAUCACAGGAACGAUGUUAUGUGCCGGUGUUCUUGAUGAAGGGGGCAAAGAUACAUGCCAGGGUGACUCAGGAGGACCGUUAUUACACAAAAAAGAUAUACUUGUCGGGAUUACGUCUUGGGGAUACACGUGCGCUCACCCACGCUUUCCAGGCGUCAACACUCGAGUUUCUAGUUACACAAACUGGAUACGCGCCAACGCUUAA